UUUUUUUUUCCUUGUUUGUUUCUAUGAAUUAGAAUGGAUCAAUAUAAUGAUGAACUUAAAAUGAAAAAUCCAAGAGCUGCUAUAGAACAUGAGUUACUAACAGAGAUCUUUGGCUUUGUUCCUACACGAGUUCUUGAUGAUUUAUUCAAUUUAGCCAACAUUAUUUUUUAUAAAGUAAUGGAAGGUACAGCUGAACGACUUACAAAGUUGCGACCUGACAAACUAAGAGAAAUCAAUACAGCACUUGAUAAAUAUGAAAAAAUAACAGAAACUAAAUUAGACCAACUAUUCAACUUACUUCAACAAUACAUAGCUCAAGGAACUUGGAAGAUACCCGAAAAUUUAGAUGUACAAUUUGAAAAACACAAGGAUAUUGAAUUUAAAAUAACAAAUGAAGAUAAUGAUAGAAUGGAUUAUGAAUUAGAAGAACUUCGAGCAAAAAUUAUAGCUCAAAAGAAAUUUAGAGCCGUCUUAACUCAAACUUAUAACAACUUGGCUACAGAAAAUAAACAAUUAGAUACGCAGUUAGAAAAUAUUAAAUUCCUAAAAGAUGUCGCAAAAGAAGAAAAGAUACAAGACGUGCAGAACACUUUAAAACUUAUUAGGGAUCAAGUGACACAGUUACAAAAUGCUGUUCUAAAUCAAUUAAAAAAUCCUACACAAGUCAACUAUAACAAUUUAUUGGAUGCAGAACGUUCAAAGUAUUUACGUUCUAAAAUUGAGGCUCAAUUAAAAGAACUACACAAUAAAUCUUAGGAUACAAUCUUGAUAACACCAUCUCUGUCUCCACUAAUAAUCAUCAUAUAAGGUCUUUCAGUAAUGAUAAUAUCAGUAAUGGCAUCUGUAUGAUUCUGCAUCAAAUGCUGUUGUUGAACUACUGCAGUACUUCCUACUUGAGUUAGUGUUGUACGUGUUGAAUUCAUAUUUUUGUUUGUUUGUUGAAAUUCAAAAUGAAAUUUCAUAUUUUCAAAAAUAUUUGUGCUAAUAAAAU